UAAUCGUCACAUGCCUUUGUGGACCUCGUCACUCUCAUUACAUUGACUUCAUUCCGUUCACAUACACUACCAUAUGUCGUUAAGGUCACCGACGGCAUACUAUCACAUACCAGCACAAGUCCAGAGUCUUCCUACUCGGCUACAAAUAUAUUAUAGUUGAAUGUUACUCGGGCAUACCAUUGUAUUUGUUACCUCACUAACUCACCCACAACUUGUACGAAUAAAACCGCCAUAAUGUCUGAAUCAGACGCUUCGAGCCCCACGAGUCCAACCCUCGAGGCGCUUCAGAGUCGCUCACGCGAUAUGCGGCGAGCGCGGCCACCAGACAUUACGAUCCUUACACAUGAGAACAGAGUUCCUCUACGACCAGAGAAGCUUGGGAAACGUGAGUCACGAAUUGGAUUGAGGAGUAUUUUCGGCAAGUCGAAACCAGGAAAAGAUGAUAAAUCAGUUCAAGGGACAUCAUCAUUAAGGGAACCUCUACGACCUAGUGGAAAACGUACCUCACUCGCGGACAUCGGCAAUUGGCCUCAGCGACUUCACUCUUCUCGUUCGGAGCUUUCCCUUCUUACCUCACCGGCAGCUCCCUUAAGAUCUCCUGCGGCCGGAAGCACCUCGUCAUCUCGGUCACAGCAAAGUAACAACAGUAUUACUAAAAGCAAACUGCGUCAGCCGACGCCACCAAAGACAAGAGGGUCAAUCACUGCAUUUGAUCCACCCCCGCUGUUCCAAAUGUAUCCCCAAGCAAUCAAGCAUGGUACACUACCGUCUUGCGUAACAUCAAUUGAUGUUCUAGCUCGCUUCAGCGAGUCUAAAAAUAGCUCACUACAGAAUGACUUUUCACGAAGCAAUCUCACCCUCAAUCAAAAUGAAAUCGGUGGACGAAGAAAUGAGUUGGAAAAGAAAAAGAAAUCCAAAUUUGCUCCGGAAUGGACUAGCAAAAUUUAUGCGCUCGUCACCUCUGGUUACCUUCUUCAAUAUGCGGCAGAGGGUGCCUUCGAUAGGUUACCUGAGAAGAUUCUACACCUCACUCGAGACUCCGCCGCCUAUGUUAGCGAUCUCAUUCCCGGAAAGCACUGGGUCGUCCGAGUUACAUCAACUACCGAUGCCGAUGGAAACCCAUCUUCGGACACAAAAUCGUUCAGAUCUAAGCUUGCACUGAGGGGAGUUGAGAAGCGACAAGUCACUAACAUGCUGCUCGUUUUCGAAAGCCCCGAGACUAUGGACACCUGGCUUGCUAUAUUGCGACGAGAAAUUGAAUCAUUGGGCGGCAAGAAGAAGCUUUCAGAAACCGGAAAACCCGAGGCGGAUGAUGGAACCGCUAUGCUGAAAGCUCAAUCAAGCCAAAGAACACUUGUCGUACGAGAUCCGGAUCGCUUUUCGCGCAUUGUGUCCCAGGACUUCUCGUGGAACCAGGAAAAUGCACUCGAAGAUCCUAAUGAAGAAAGUAGUUUCAACGAACCCCGAUUGGAACGAAGGUCCGAAUCGACUGUGGAUGAUGAGUCGAGUAUGGUUUCAUCGGGCAGCCAACGUCUAUACAGCCUUAAAGAUAAUGGUAGUGGGAGCAGCGGUAGUAGCGGAAGCAGUGGCAACCGACUCUCAUUCGUCUCAUCCGGACAGCGAACCAUCAUAUCGUCAGCCGAAUCCUCGCCGACUACCUCCCCAAUUCGAGCGAGCUUUUCAAGCUAUGGAGAUGAUCACCAGCAUUCGGCGAACGAGAAGCCUCUACCACCCAUUCCUGAGGUUCGACCACGUCCUAAUGCUGCAGCAAUUGUGAACCGCAGACAGUCGAUGCAAACUAUGAUCCCUGGCUUCGAUCCCCACCUUGAAGUCAAUAGCCGCAUGUCGUCACAGAUACCAGUUAGCUCGACACCAAACCAGGAAAGCAAGCCUCAAUUCGUCCCCAACUUUAGCGUACCACAUACUGUUGGUCGGCGAUACUCAGCUUUAAACUUAUCAGUUCUGACGUCCAAAGCGGACCAACCCCAAGGAAUGGACCGAGACGGACCGAUAAGGCCUUUCAGGCGGAGUCCGCCAACCACCCUGGCCCUCUCUCGCCCUCUUUCUAUUGUUGUCGAUCAGCCGUCCCCGAUGUCACCCAGCAACUCCGCAAACCAAAUCCCAUCUUUACAAGCUCCCGACACACCAUCUAUGUUUGGACCCUGGGCACCUAAACCAAAGCCGCAGGAAAAGACUGAAACCUCCAAGGAUACACUGUCGGAGCCUAUUGUGGAGGAGAGCCAGGCAAGCAGCAGAAGCACGACGCCUGUGGGGAAUUACGACAAGGAUAAUGUGCGUGUUAGCCAACAAAGCCCGACUCCCUCGCAGCUCAACACAAAUAAGUCAUGGAUUCCCCGACCUGCCAAGACCUUCCCCAUGGGGUUGAUGGAUGCGCCGGAGUCUAUACCUAGAGCCUCCUCGUCUUUUGAAUUACGGCGAUCAUCAGCAAGUCCGACACCAUCCUUAGGACGCCCAUCUACUAGACGUUCGACCUUACAGGCCGAAAACAUGUCCCCACAAAAUCGACACUCAUUUGUAUACCCCAAGCAAUCUAGCUUACCCUCUAUUGAGGAACCUCGGUAUACUCUGACGCCACCAUUGACGUGCUCGCCUAAACGGUCAGCACCUUCUCUUAAGGCACUUCAACAAGAAGCUACCUCCAGUCAAUUCUUGGCUAUAGGCCUCGGAGCAAAGGGUCUUUCCCCUAGGAGGAGCAUGCCUCACCUAGCUGAAGGACCUCCCCCAGCUCCACCUCCAACAUGCGCUCUACCUCCAAUUCCUAGGAAGCGCUCAACCAACACAGUCAGAAGCAUCAGGGUAUAGUAACUGCGUGCUUACUGACUUGUGAUAUACUUGUACUUCGACACAUUGAAGUUCCCUUCCCUUAUUUAUUUCAAUUAUUAUUUUUACCGAUCUAUGUUAUACUUCAUGUAUAUCAUUGUAUACCUACAACCUACACCUUUACGAUUCACGAUAAUGAUAGUAUUUGGGUCGUACGCUUAUAGACAGGAC